UUCCUUAUAAAGAUUUCCCCUGCCUGUCUUCUCCUUGUUCCCAAGCUUCUUUAAAACUGUCACCUCUUGUCAAUCUUGAAAAGAAAAAUGGCCAAAAACAUUGGUUUUCUGGUUUGUCUCUUAAUCAUGGCAUUGGAUGUUGUUGCUGGCAUACUUGGGAUUGAAGCUGAGAUGGCUCAAAACAAGGUGAAGCAUUUAAAGAUGUGGAUUUUUGAGUGUAGAGACCCAAGUCAUCAAGCUUUCAAGCUAGGCUUGGCUGCGGUGAUACUUCUUUCCCUUGCUCAUAUCGUUGCUACCUUGCUUGGUGGCUGCACUUGCAUGUGCUCCAAGGAAGAAUUCAACAAGGCAUCUGCUAACAAGCAACUAGCUGUCGCUUCCCUUUUCUUCUCAUGGAUUAUACUGGCAAUUGGGUUCUCAUUGCUGAUCAUAGGGACAAUGGCGAACUCAAAAUCAAGAAAAUUAUGUGGAAUAUCACAUAAUCGUGUUCUGUCAAUUGGAGGCAUUCUGUGUUUUGUUCAUGGACUCUUCACAGUUUCCUAUUAUGUAUCCGCCACUGCUACAGCCAGAGACAAUUCUCGGCAUCAUGACCGUAAUGCAACUCAAGCUUAGCCUAUUUCCAGUUUUCUUUAAUUUUAUCAGAUCCCUCUUCUAAUCCUCCUCAAUUGGCAGCUUGCAUUCUUCAUUCAACUUAUAAUCAUGUAAUAAGAUUUUAAGCUUUUUCUUAAUGAGUUACCAUUUGAUUAACUUCUUGGA